UGCAAGGUCUGCAAAAUUCUUCAAACAUAACCAAGAAAUAAUCCGCUAUUAAUGAAAUCGUUUUAUAAUAAAAGUUUAUUUUUUAAAAUACGAUUUCGUUUUAAAUAACAGAAGAGUAAUAAAUAUUCCAAUUGUAAACGUACAUGACACGUUUUCAGUUAUUGAGUUUUUCUAAACAAAUUCAUUAUUCAAUUGACACAUCUUGACAAGUUUCACCAUAUUUUUCACUCACCGGGAAGAAUAAAUAGGAAAAAAAACAUGAAUUUUACAUUGUGGAUUUUAUUUAUUUGUUGCUCGUGGCUUAAAUUGGCUUAUGGCCAGGGUGAUCGUAUUGCACCUGGUGUACCUCCACAACAUUAUCAACAGUAUCAGCAAGUACCUCAACAAAAUGUGCCGAUGCAACAUGGGCAACAAUAUAAUGCUCCUCAACAACAGCAACAAAUGCAUCAUCAACAAAUGCCUGUGCAACAACAACAAGUGCCAAUGCAUCAACAGGUACCUGUGCAACAUCAUCAAGUACCACAGCAUCAACAACAACAACAUCAACAACCUCAUGGUCAUGGACAUGCUCAUCAUGGACAACAACAAGUUCUCAACGCCGCCAAUAUUGCCCAAGAAAAAGACCAUAUUAAGGAACAUAUGGAAGUUCCGCUCGAUACGUCCAAAAUGACAGAACAAGAACUUCAAUUCCAUUACUUUAAAAUGCACGACGCUGACAAUAAUAAUAAAUUAGAUGGUUGUGAACUUAUUAAGUCCCUCAUUCACUGGCAUGAACACGGAGGUAAAGAUCCAAAUUCACAUGACGAGGGAGCAAAAAUUUUCCCCGACGAGGAAUUAUUGCAAUUAAUAGAACCAAUUUUGCAAUCAGACGAUACGAAUCAAGAUGGUUUCAUCGAUUAUCCAGAAUUUAUUCAAGCUCAACAGAAAAAUGCCGCCAAAGCAUCUUCAUAAAAAAAAGGAAAAAAAUAAAUAAAUAUUUAAUAUAAGUUGUCCUAAUUGGUAAGAAACAAAAUCAUGUUGACUCUAUUAAUACCGUAAGAAAUUAAAACAUCAAACAGGGAACCACCAUAUUGUGAAAAUAAUUUAUUACAACUUUAGGCAAUUUGUACUUUAUUAAUGAAACCGUUUAAAAAGUAAAAAAAAAAAACAACCAGCAAACGAUAAACGUAUUUGUAAAUUUUGAAUGUGCAUUUUUUCCAUGUGUGUGGGAGGAAAAAGAGUAAAAUGAAACUUUGCGAAUUUAUUGUAUUUUUAAAGGUACUGUAUAAAUGAACUAUGAAUAAAUUAUAUUUUAAGUUAUAAA